GGCGCAUAUGCUACAGCCUACAACUACUUACGAAUCACGUAGGUACUACUGACUCCAUAAUCGUCAUAGAUUAUACACUUAUAAUAAUCGUAAUCUGUGCCGGCAUCCGUAAUUGUCAAAUGAUAGAGGAAUGUGGCGCCCCACGUUUACUAUUUUCCGUAAGGUGAUCCUACCUUCAUUAAAAGAAAAUGUAACAUUAUCAAAGAUUCUUUAUUCAACUAAAUCCCGUUUACCAAAAUCAACCGCAAAAUUUACUUUGGUUAGCGCCAGCGUGGGCAUAUUAGUUGGUGCGGGAUAUGGAGGUUAUACGCAUUAUAAAGUAAACAUAAAAAACAAAAAUAAAUCCAUAGAAAACGAUGAAUAUGCAUUCUUAAAAGAAGCUCCCGAAUACAAAGCGCACUAUAAGGUGCUCAAUGAGGCUGAUACAAGUAAUUUGCAAUUAGUCCUCUUUCAAUACAGAACAUGUCCAUUCUGUUGUAAAGUUAGAGCAUACUUGGAUGCAAAAGGCAUUAGUUAUGAAGUAGUUGAAGUAGAUGCUGUUCUGAGACAAGCAAUCAAGUGGUCUGGAUAUAAGAAAGUACCUAUAGUAUUAGCUAAAGUUGAAAAUGGAUAUCAGCAAUUAUUAGACAGCACAGCAAUUAUAUCAGUAUUGGAAACCUAUCUCAGAGACAAGGCUUUACACUUGCGUGAAAUUAUAAAGUACUAUCCCGCUUCACAUUAUGUGAAUGAUGAUGGAAAAGGAACAACUGAUAUCACUAAUAAAUAUUUUGUAAUGCACAACGCUGGUAUAAGUGACAAACAUAGGGAUGCUGAAAUGGAGGAGAGAGAGUGGCGUAAAUGGGCAGACAGUGUUUUGGUGCACACACUGUCACCCAAUGUGUAUCGUACCACCAGUGAAGCAAUCGAGACAUUCAAAUGGUUUGAGGACGUUGGUGGCUGGAAGCAGUCCUUCCCUGCAUGGGAGUGUGCUCUAAUGGUGUAUGGAGGAGCAGCCGCAAUGUGGAUUAUAUCUAAACGUUUAAAAAAGAGGCAUCAAAUAAAGGAAGACGAACGACAAUCACUAUACGAUGCGGCAAAUGCUUGGAUGAAGGCUGUCAAGAAGAAGGGAACUUCAUUCCUUGGUGGCGAUCAACCAAACCUUGCUGAUAUCAGUGUGUUUGGAGUUUUGAGUAGUAUUGAAGGAUGCCGCGCUUUCCAGGAUUUGAGAGAAAACACCAGUAUUGGCAAAUGGUUUGAUAGAAUGAAGACUCACUUGGAAAGUACUAAAGGCAGAGUGAUCCCUCUUCAAGCAGCAGCUUCUUAGCUAAGCAUGAUUUUAAUAUAUUUUGACUGAUAGUUAAAACAUGCAGAAUAUGUAAUUUAUAUCAGUGAAAUAUAAAAUAUACUAUAGAACAAUGGUAUAGUAAAAUUGGAAAGAUGACAUAUGCAAAACUAGCUUCCAUAGUGGCUCAGAUCCAUUCAGAGUUAAAUAUCUCGCUGAAAUACAAAUAACAUUGACAGAAUAGCAAUAACUAUUUGAGUUAUAAGAACAAUCAUAUUCACAAUAAACUUAAAAAUAAAAAAUUGCACUGAAUAAAGGCAAUAUAGUAUAUAUUUAU